AAAUGCAUAGAAAAGAAUUAUUUCUGUAUCCUAUGUAGUGCACUAGUCUACCUCCUAUUGCACUCACCGUGUGUGUGUGUGUUUAGGGUUUGCUUAAAACAUUUUCUGAUUCGCUAGCUCUCUGUCGGUGCCAUGGCAGGAGGAAAGGCUGGGAAAGACAGUGGCAAAGCCAAGGCUAAGGCAGUGUCCCGGUCUCAGAGGGCUGGUCUCCAGUUCCCUGUAGGUCGUAUCCACAGACACUUAAAAACGCGGACUACUAGCCAUGGACGCGUCGGCGCAACAGCCGCAGUGUACAGCGCAGCCAUCCUGGAGUACCUCACUGCUGAGGUGUUGGAGUUGGCCGGUAAUGCCUCAAAGGACUUGAAGGUGAAACGCAUCACUCCCAGGCAUUUACAGCUGGCCAUUCGUGGUGAUGAAGAGUUGGAUUCACUUAUCAAAGCAACAAUUGCUGGUGGAGGUGUGAUUCCUCACAUUCACAAGUCCCUGAUUGGAAAGAAGGGCCAACAGAAAACUGCAUAGAAAGCUAUUUUGUCAGUCAGUAUGGAGAGAGCAGCUGUUUUAUGUUUUAUCUUUUUGUAUGGUUAUUUUGUAAGCAUAGAAUUAACGGAAAAAUUAGACCAUAUUUUGACGUACUGUUUUUGGAGUGGGAGGGGAAUUGUGCAAUAGUAAAUCCUUUUUAAAUGGGUUAACGAAGGCACAUGAGGGGGUUCUCAGUGUAUAUUUGCAUGUGUCUUACAUCUGUUUUAUACAUAAAGACUUUUCUUAAA